AUGCAUUGUGAGCCUCCCGACAUGGUCUGCGAGACGAAGAUCGUGGCCGCCGAGGACCAUGAGGCGCUACCGGGGGCCAAGAAGGACGCGCUGCUCGCCGCCGGCGCCAUGUGGCCCCCGCUGCCCGCUGCGCCCCCACCCGAGCCCCAGCCCCUGGGUGGUGCGGGGGACGCGGGUCCGCCGGAGGGGCGCGGCGUGUACAUCCGCGAGUUCCGCGCGGCCGAGCAGGAGGCGGCGCGCCGCAUCUUCUACGACGGCAUCAUGGAGCGCAUCCCCAACACGGCCUUCCGCGGCCUGCGGCAGCACCCGCGCACGCAGCUGCUCUACGCCCUGCUGGCCGCGCUGUGUUUCGCCCUCACCCGCUCGCUGCUGCUGACGGGCCUGGCGCUGGCUCUGCUGCUGGGGCUGCGCUAUUACUACAGCCGGAAGGUGGUCCUGGCCUACCUGGACUGCGCCCUGCACACCGACAUGGCCGACAUCGAGCGGUACUACAUGAAGCCCCCCGGCUCCUGCUUCUGGGUGGCUGUGCUGGACGGCAAUGUGGUGGGCAUUGUGGCGGCCCGGGCCCACGAGGCGGACAACACCGUGGAGCUGCUGCGUAUGUCCGUGGACUCGCGCUUCCGCGGCAAGGGCAUCGCCAAGGCGCUGGGCCGCAAGGUGCUGGAGUUCGCGCUGGUGCACAACUACUCGGCGGUGGUGCUGGGCACGACGGCCGUCAAGGUGGCCGCCCACAAGCUCUACGAGUCGCUGGGCUUCAGACACAUGGGCUCCAGUGACCAUUACGUGCUGCCCGGCAUGACCCUCUCGCUGGCCGAGCGCCUCUUCUUCCAGGUCCGCUACCACCGCUACCGCCUGCAGCUGCGCGAGGAGUGACCGCUGCCUGCCACCCGCCUGCCGCCGCCGGCUGCCCGCCCGCCUGCGCCCCCUGCCGGCCGCCCGGGCCUGCUCUCAGACGCGCUCACCGCGGCGUUUCUGUUGGGUUUCCCCCUUCUCCAACACCACAUGGCUCUCUGGCCGGCUCUGGGGGGUCGGGGCUGUUGCUCGUCUGUGACACUUCGGGGGGUGGGUCACCCGCCACCGUGGCCCCCUGCCCUCCCCAGCCUGCAGGACCGCGCCCUGAGGAGUGACAGCGCGGACCACCGCCUGCUCACACAGAGGCCCCCUUCUGGCUCCCGGGGCUCCCGGGCCACGGCCAUCCGGGCGGGGGGCCAGGCCUCGCCCGCCCCGCACAGAACCGCUGCAGGGAGGCCCUGGCCCAGCAGGCU